AUGGUCCAAGCCCGACUCAGAGAUGGGCCACCAUUCGUAGCAUUAUCCUAUGAAUGGGGACCACCAGACGACGCGCCUGAUACCUUCAUUCUGGUCAACGGCUGCUCAACUCUACGGAUCAGGAGGAACCUGUACGAUGCUUUGAAAGAAAUCCGAGCGUGGCGAACGGAUGCUGAUUACUGUGAUACCCACUUACCCUUCUGGGUUGACGCUAUUUGCAUCAAUCAACAGAACCCCUAUGGCGAGAAACCGAACCAAGUGCGUCUGAUGGGCGCCAUCUUCAGCCAGGCCAUGCUGGCUGUAGCUUGGUUAGGAGUUCCUGGGAAUGGCAGCAACAUUGCCAUCAAUAUUCUCGACGACUACGCAGUUGGAAAAGACCACAAGCGGGCACCCUGGGACAACACGCCCACUUUUGCGGAAGGAUUGCAUUGCUAUUGCUUGGGUGCGGUGAAAAGAUCCAUCGUCGCCCUUUGCACACGAUCCUACUGGCGCAGAGUAUGGAUUUUACAGGAAAUAUGGUUAGCUCAGAAUUUCGCCGUGCUAUGCGGACGCGACUGGAUUCAUGGCGACCGUCUCCGAGAUGCGUUCGAUAUGAUGAGCAGUCUUACGCUCAUGGGUUUCGACAAAGAACACGGCAAAGCACGGCAACAAGAGCUCAUGGAUAUCCUCGAUUUUAACCUUCGAAAGAACAUUCCGUACAAGCAUCUCAAAGCGCAGGAUACCCGAUGCGCUCGCUUAGGCCAGUUGGUCGAGAUCUGCCUCGAAGGCUCCUUCCAGUCCACAGAGCCCCGAGACUACAUCUUUGCGUUGAUCUCUGUCUCUACGGAUGACCAAAUAGGCCAGAUCGUCGUGGACUACCAGAAGCCGGUACAGAUGGUGUAUAGGGAGGCGCUUCCCAUCCUUAGGCUGAGCUUUUUCACCGAGACUUGGAAGUUCAGCUGGGGUUCGCAUGCGACUCUCGCACAGAGACUUGCGAGUAAAAUGGGCACCGAAUUCGACUAUGAUCUGGAUAUUACCGGCGUGAACUCCUUGGUCAAGUUGGUUCCGGGAAGAAAUGGCAUUGCAAAAGAUGAAUGGGAUCUCAUCAUGCCAGUGAAAGAGUGGUGGACGAAGUUGACGCCUGCCGAAGAUGGAGGCGAGAUUCAACGCGGAAGGGAAGGUCGAUGA